AUGUCGGAAUCUGAGGGUUUCGAGGUCGUCAACCGCGAGGAGUCGAUUCUCUCGGGCGAGGAGACGGCGGGCACCGCAGGCACUGGCGCAAGCGCCUCGCCCGCGUCUACUCCCAGGAAGAGCGCCCCAAACGGUUCCAAGCCCCCGAGCGUUGCCAGUCCUAGGGCGAAGGUGGGCGCAUCCACGACAAGCACCGUCCGUCGCCCAACAACCACUGGCACCGCGGCUGCCAAGACGACUUCGAGCGCGGCCACCAAGCCAACCAGCGGACUUAAGCAGCCUCCGACUCGACCGCCUGCCGGAAGUACCGUCAGAAAGCCCACGGCGACAGGAACCACCCCGGCUGUUGGCCACAGAUCGCGACCCUCCGUCUCGGAGAGCGAGAAGAGCAGUGCUUCUAUCAGCGGCCCUGCUCGUCGCGCUUCGGUCGUGCCGGGGAGCACCUCGACCACAGCAGCCAGAACCACGAGACCUGCGGGCACAACCGCUACUUCUGGUACUGCUGCGUCAGCCAGAAAGCCCGCGACCUCGACAACCUCUGCUUCGCCCCGAACAAGCACGGUUUCGAAGCCAACGAGCGCAAGCGCUACCCCGGCUACUCGAACAGCGACCAGCCGUCUAUCUACGUCGACAGCAACCCGACCCACGGCCUCUAGCACGACAACUGCGAGACAUGCUUCGCGGCCCUCUACAUCGUCUACAACGACCGUGGCCGCCGGGUCUGCCAAGGCUGUCGAGGAGUUGAAGUCGCAGCUGGCCGAGAAGGAGUCCGAGGUGGAGGCACUCAAGGAGCAAGUCGCUUCUUCCCAGGAGAAGAUUACUGAGCUGGAGGAGAAGAUCAAGUCCGGCGCCGAGGGUGGGGAGGCUGCUGGUGACACCGACAAAGCAAACAAUGACGAGUUGGUCGAGUCCCUUAAGUCUACUCACGCCUCUGAGAAGGAGGCCCUCAGUGCCGAGAUUACACAGGCCCUCGAGAAGCUGAAAAUUGCUGAGGAACAGCUCGAGUCUCACAAGACUCAGCUCACCGACGUCACUACUGCUCAAGAAGCCAAGAGUGGCGAGUUGACCGACCUGCAGAGUAAGAUUGACUCACUUCAGGCCGAGAGGGAUGCCAGCCUCCAGGAGAGUGAGUCUGCAUUGGCCAAGGCCUCGGAGGAGCACGCUGCGAAGCUCGAAGAGGUGCAGAAAUCCUUGGACGAGCAACACCAGGCGGCGCUAGAGGCCCUCAAGGCGUCUCGAGAAGCUGAUGCCAGUGAGAGCCAAGCUGCGCUGGCUGAUGUCCAAAAGUCCCUGGCCGAUCUGCAAGCCGUCAACGAAGGGUUGCAGAAGAAGGUCGGCGAGCUGGAAGCAGCGACAGAGAACGAGGACGCUGCCGCUUCGUCCAAGUUUGCUGCCUUGGAGGCCGAGCUUGCCGAGCUCAAGGCGACUGCUGAACAGGACAAGGCAACUCUGGCCGCUUCACAAGCCGAGGCCGAAGACUUGAGGGCCAAACUUGCGGAAGCCACCGAGGCCAUGGAGAAGACCCAGGCCACGCUGGACUCCGUAAGGGCCGAAUUCACGACUUUGAAGGAGGAACUCGGCAAGGCAGAGGCUGCGUCUGUUUCGCAUUCGGAUCUUCUCGAGGAACUUGAGAAGAUGAAGUCGGAGCACAAGACAACAGUUGAAAGACACGAGAACCAGCUCAAGACGAUCUCCAAGGACUACGAAGACGAGAUUGAGAACCUGAAAGGAGAAGCUCACUUCAAACGCAAGUUUCACGAUCUUGAAGUCCAGCAUGGAGAGUUGGAGGCAAAGCACAAUGAGCUCACCAGUACUCAUAACGAUCUUACAACUAAACACACCGACUUGACCGGAACGCACGCAGACCUUGAAGCGAAGCACAGGGAGGUGGCAACUAACCUGGCCGACUUUGAAGCCAAGCACGGUGAACUGACCGGCACUCAUGCGCAGCUUGCUGCUAAGCUUCAGGAACUCACCAGCACGCAUGCAGAUGCGACAAAGAACCACGACGAGGCACUUGCAGCAGCGAAAGCGGAACACGAGGCUGCCCUUGCCGCCUUGGCUGCCAAGGAAGAAGAGCAUCAGAAAGCUCUUGAUGCUCUGCAAGCCAGCCACGCCAUGGAUCUGGAAUCGGCGAAGAGCGGCCUAUCUGCGGACAAGGAGGCCCACUUGUCGCAGCUGGAAGAAUUGAAGACCAACCAUGCCAAAGCUAUUGAGUUGUCGAAGGCCGAAAGCGUAGCUGCCCUAACAAAGGAACUUGAGGCGCUAAAUGCAGCGCAUGCCGAGCAAAUUGACCAGCUCACCCAGGACUCGGACUCCCGUAUUGCAGAACUAAAGGCCACGCACGAAUCGGAACUUGCGAGCAAGGCCGCAGGCGAGAACACACACGUAGAGAAACUGGCUGCCCUGCAGGAAUCACUAGAGAAGGCCCAACAAGACGCUGAUUCUCGCAUCGCCGAACUCAAGGCUGCCCACGAAGCCGAGUUGGCUACCAAGGCUGCAGGGGAGAGCUCUCAUGCCGAACGGCUUGCAGCUCUACAAGAGUCACUCGAGAAGACACAACAAGACUCCGAUUCUCGCGUGGCUGAGCUGAAGGCUGCACACGAGGCAGAACUGGCAAACAAGGCUGCUGGUGAGAGUGCGCACGCCGAACAGCUAGCAGCACUAAAGGAGUCGCUAGAGAAGGCACACCUGGAUACAGAAUCCCGUAUUGCUGAGCUGAAGGCUGCACACGACGCCGAGUUGGCAAGCAAGGCUGCAGGUGAAAGUACCCACGCGGAGCAAGUCGCAGCUCUGCAGCAGUCUCUUGAAAAAGCCCAGCAAGACUUGGCUGCCGCCUCCGCAACCCACGCCAGUGCUCUCGAGGCUUUCAAGAAGGAGAGCGACGAAGCUCACUCCGCCGAAGUCGAGAAGCUCAUUACUUUGCAGUCCGAGUCGUUGGACGCCGCCCGGCGGGAGGCUUCGGGUUCGCAUUCUGAAACCAUCGCGGCCCUCGAAGCGAAGCAUAUCCAGACCAUUGAGGAUCUUACCCGAGAGCACGAGGGCAGAUUAGCUGCCUCGGCUGCCGACUUGGCAAAGCACCAGUCUUCCUCCUCGGAGUACGAAUCGGCGCUCGCUGCUGCUAAGGGAGAUUUGGCCAAGGCACAGGCAGAAGCCGAAGAGCUCCAGUCCAAGUUGACGGCAGCCAUGGCUACCAGCUCCGAACUCGCUAAACUUCAGGAGGAAUCCGAUGCGCUUAGGCAGCAACUUGCGGAGGCCAAGAUGAACAACGUGGAGUUCGAAGCCGAGCUGGAUGCCAUCAGGAGCCAGAAGCCCGAUACUUCAGCUGCGGAUGCGCUCAAGAAGGAGCUUGAGGAGCUGAAGCAGAAGUCACUGAGCGAGCUUGAGGCUCUCAAGGCCGAGAAGCAGCAGCUCUUGGACGAAAAGGAGCAGAGGGCUACGGAUCACAAGACCUUGCUCGAGAACCACGCCGCUGACCUAGCUGCUGCUAAUGAGGCAAAGCAGGCCACCGUCCAGCAAUUUGAAACUCUCCGAGCGGAACUUGAUGCCAAGGUCAAGGAGUACCAGUCAAUCCAGGAACACUUCCAAAGCAUAGCCGAAGAUGGAGAGCUUGCCAAGAAGGAGCUGGCUGCCCACAGGGAUGCCACGGACGCCAAGUUGAAGAGUCAUGAAUCUGAUUACCAUGACAUGUACGAGAGCAUGACCGCUAUGGUCGAGGAGGAACAGAAGAAGCGCGCAGCCGUGGAGAAGGAGGCUGCAGGUAUCAAGUCCAGAUUCGCCGAAAUGGAAGCCCAAUUGAAGGUUAAGGACGCCGAGAUUGCUGAGGCCAAGGCAAAUGCGGCAGCCCCCGCGAAGCGUGGCGGUCUGGCAGCUAGUAGAUUUGCCAAGUCCCCAUCCGACAGCAACGAUGAUAGCGCGACUGAGAAAUCGGAACCUCCCGAGGCGGAAGGUGAGGACGAUGAUCCAUAUUCAGUUGCCGUAGCCUCAUUAGCACAAGCUAGUAUGACCGUCCAGCAGUUACGCCAAAUGGACGAAGAGCUUCACGAGAAGAACAAGCGCAUGAUGAAGUCCAUGACGGAUCAUCUAGCGCGCCAAUAG